AUGAAGUUCUCUAUUCCCGGCACCCUCUUUACCAUUGCGGCCGCGGUCGACGCGGCCGCUGUCCAGGAGGACAAGCGGUGGUGCUCCACCCCCGGCCAGGCAUGCUGGACCGUCAAGCGCGCCGCCGAGGCUUUCGCCGACGCCAUCCAGUCCGACACCAAGUUCGCGCGCGACGAGUCCGACGUUGCCAACAUGGCCAAGCGCCAGACUGACGAGCUGGGCGUGAUCAUCGCCACCAGCCUCGAGGACGCCAAGGCCUACUACGAGUCGCUCGCACUCGACAAGCGCUUCGAGCUUGACGACAAGACCAAGCGCGAGCCCGAGGCCGAUCCGUGGUGCAACACCUUCAAGGGCCAGCCGUGCUGGAAGGCCAAGCGCGAGGCCGAGCCCGGCCCGUGGUGCAACACCUUCAAGGGACAGCCGUGCUGGAAGGCCAAGCGCGAGGCCGAGCCCUGGUGCGACACGUUCAAGGGGCAGCCGUGCUGGAAGGCCAAGCGCGCGCCGUCGGACCCCGAGUACCCGGCCGAGGUCAAGGCGCGCUGCCUGUCGGACGGGCAGUCGUGCUUCAAGGCCAAGCGCGCGGCCGAGGCCGUCGUCAGCGCCAUCGAGAGCUCCGCUGCCCACGACCCCCGCCACACCCCCUUCGACCCCCAGGCCCGCGUCAAGCGCGAGGCCGACCCCUGGUGCAACACCUUCAAGGGCCAGCCCUGCUGGAAGCGCGAGGCCGAGGCCAUGGCCUCGUGCAACGCCCCAGGCGGCGCCUGCGCCAUGGCCCAGCGCGACCUCCACGCCAUCUACAAUGCUGCCCGCAGCAUUCUGGAUGCCGCCAGCGCCGAAUAG